AUGGCUUGUUUCCUCAGCCUCGCCAUCGCGUUGAUCACAAAAGGUGGAAUCUUUUUCGAGCUGGAUAUUUUCCCCGAAGAGGACGAAUCGUGUCGGGUUAGAUACUGUACACGAGUACUUCGUCGAUAUGACCGAGGUGAAUUCGAAUCCGAUUUACGGGACCGUGUAUCGGUUUUGGGUCCGGAAUAUCGUGACCGUAUUUGUCCCGUUCUUCCUGUUGACGUUGAUCAACUUCAAAACGCUCGUCGAAUUGAAGGCACAACUCAGAGAAGCGAAAACUCAAGAGGAACGGAAAUUUUCGGUUCGCGUUGA